UGUGUUGAGGGUGGGGAUUACGUUGAGUGUUGUAAACGGGUGCAAGUGCAGGCUGCAGAGGCGUGUGGGCUGGCUCAUGCCGCUACUUUAAAAGACACUUGCUGAGCUUGGUGACCAGUCCUGGCAGAGGAGCCUGAGGCCACAAGUGGAAGGUGUUCUCUUCAAUUUUCACAUUUUCCUCCCAACUUUUCCCCCCCUCCUAUUUACACUUGUGCCGCUGGGCAGCCGACAUGGACACGUUUGUGUGGUCGGUUGUGAUUGUGCUGCAAGUGGUGCAGCGCUGUGAAGCUCUGCCAGCGAGCUGGCAGCCAGGGGAAUAUUCCAACACGCCGGCUGACGCGCUGAAGUUCCUCGCCGACUACAACAGCACCGCCGAAGAGGUUUUAUUCUUCAGCGUGUUGGCCAGCUGGAACUACAACACCAACUUGACAGAGUACAACUCUCAACUUCAGGUGAGCGCAUCCUUGGAGGAGCAGGCCUUCACUGAGGCCUGGGGGGACAAGGCCAAGCUGGUGUUCACUCGGGAGUUGCUUGACACUCUUGACCCCAAAGAUAAGAAACUGAUGAGCAAAGUCAUGGUCCUCGGAUCUGCCAACCUGCCUUCCAAACAAAGAGAAGAGUAUAACACCAUUCUCAGCACCAUGGACAGUAUUUAUUCAACCGCUAAAGUGCAUCCGCAGCCUAACGUCUCCUGGAGCCUGGAACCCGAUCUAACGCACAUUAUGGCGACCUCAAGGAGCUACAAGAAGCUGCUGUACGCUUGGGAGGGCUGGCACAAUGAGUCGGGUGUCCCCCUCAAGGGGCACUACCCAAGGUUUGUGGAGCUCAGCAACGAAGCCUCUCGAGCUGAUGGAUUUAAAGACACAGGGGAUUAUUGGCGCUCUUGGUACGAGACAGACAACUUCCAGGAGGUCAUCGAGCAACUGUACCAAACGAUCGAACCUCUCUAUCAGCGCCUGCACGCCUUCGUGCGCCGACAACUGUACAACCAGUACGGCCCCAAGUACAUCAACCUCAGAGGACCGAUCCCCGCUCACCUGCUGGGAAACAUGUGGGCCCAGACCUGGAACAAUAUCUACGGCUUGAUGAUACCGUUUCCUGACAAACCCAACAUGGACGUGACUGAAGAAAUGGUCAAACAAGGCUACAACGCUACAACAAUGUUCCGUGUUGCAGAGGAGUUCUUCACAUCUCUGGGUUUAGCCGAGAUGCCUCCAGAAUUCUGGGAGGAAUCCAUGCUGGAGAAACCCGAUGAUCGAGAGGUGGUGUGUCACGCGUCUGCCUGGGACUUUUACAACCGCAAAGACUUCCGGAUCAAACAGUGCACCACAGUGACAAUGGAGCAGCUCUUCACCGUCCACCACGAGAUGGGCCACGUGCAGUAUUACCUCCAGUACAAGGACCAGCCCGUAGGCUUCCGUCGCGGGGCCAAUCCCGGAUUUCAUGAAGCUAUCGGCGACGUACUGUCUCUGUCCGUCUCCACGCCGAAACACCUGAAGACAAUCGGGCUGCUGGAUUCCGUGACGUCUGACGCUGAAUCCGACACCAACUACCUGUUAAAGAUGGCACUGGGGAAGAUAGCCUUCCUUCCUUUUGGCUACCUUAUCGACCAAUGGAGAUGGGGUGUAUUUGAGGGCAACACCCCCCCAGAGCGAUACAACUCGGAAUGGUGGUACCUCAGGACAAAAUAUCAAGGCAUCUGCCCACCCACCAAGCGCACCGAGGAGCACUUUGAUGCCGGCGCAAAAUUCCACAUUCCUGGAAACACGCCGUACAUCAGGUAUUUUGUUAGUUUCAUCCUACAGUUCCAGUUCCAUGAAAAACUGUGUCAGGCAGCUAAUCACAUUGGACCCUUGCACACAUGCGACAUCUACCGCUCUGCAAAAGCGGGUGCUAUUUUAAAAAAGGUUCUUCAGGCAGGUUCCUCCAAGCCCUGGCCUGUUGUGCUCCAAGAGGCUUUAGGCACUAACAUGAUGGAUGCAGGCGCACUAAUGCGAUACUUUGAACCCAUUAUCAAGUGGCUGGAUAAACAAAAUGUUAAUGAUGUGCUGGGAUGGCCUGACUUCAACUGGGUCCCACCCAUUCCUGAGGGCUACCCAGAGGAUAUUGAUAAAAAUACAGAUGAGCUUGAUGCCAAGAAUCUUCUGGAUGAGUACAACAGUACAGCUGAAGUGGUGUGGAAUGCUUAUACUGAGGCCUCCUGGGCGUAUAACACUGACAUCAAUGAAGCCAACAAGCAGAAAAUGCUUCAGGAGAACCUGAACAUGUCGGCCCACACUUUGAUCUACGGCCAGCGGGCACGGCGGUUCGACACCGCCGACUUCACAGACCCCGCGGUCAAACGCAUCGUUAAAAAACUCAGCGACAUCGAGAGGGCCGCACUGCCGCAGGCGCAGCUUGAAGAGUACAACAAUAUCCUGUCCAACAUGGAGACCAAAUACAGCGUGGCAGAGGUCUGCAGAGAAAAUGGCCAAUGCCACCCACUGGAUCCUGACCUUCAGAAGAUCAUGGCAGAGUCCAGAGAUUAUGAUGAACUGUUAUUUGCCUGGAAGGGCUGGCGAGAUGCAGCCGGCAAAGUACUUCGCUCAGACUACAAGACAUACGUCGAACUGGCCAACCAAGCUGCCAGACUCAACGGUCACAGCGACAAUGGCGCUCUCUGGCGCUCUCUGUAUGAAACGCCGACCUUUGAGGAGGACCUGGAAAGUCUUUGGAAGGAGCUGGAGCCGCUCUACCUGAACGUGCACUCCUACGUUCGCAGGGGUCUGUACAAAAAGUACGGUCCAAAGCGCAUCAACCUCAGGGGACCCAUACCUGCUCACUUGCUGGGCAACAUGUGGGCGCAGACGUGGUCUGGCAUCAUGGACCUGGUCAUGCCUUAUCCACACGCCACGCAAGUUGAUGCCACGCCGGCGAUGGUGGCAAAGGGUUGGAAUGCCAAACGAAUGUUCCAGGAAUCAGACAACUUUUUCACCUCUCUGGGGCUGCUGCCUAUGCCAAAAGAGUUCUGGGACAAAUCCAUGCUGGAGAAGCCCACCGACGGCCGCCAAGUGGUCUGUCACGCCUCCGCAUGGGACUUCUAUAACAGAAAAGACUUCAGAAUCAAACAGUGCACUGUUGUGACCAUGGACGACUUGAUCACCGUCCACCACGAGAUGGGCCACAUCCAGUACUUCCUGCAGUACAAAGAUCAGCCCGUGGCGUUCCGUGAAGGCGCCAACCCUGGCUUCCACGAGGCCAUCGGCGAUGUUCUGGCCUUGUCUGUGUCCACACCCAAACAUCUGAAGAGCAUCGGCCUCCUGGACAAAGUGGAGAACAAUCACGAGAGUGACAUCAACUUCCUGAUGAACAUGGCGCUUGAUAAAAUCGCCUUCCUACCUUUUGGCUACCUGAUGGACCAGUGGAGGUGGAAGGUGUUUGAUGGACGCAUCCCGCCGUCUGAGUACAAUAAAGAGUGGUGGAACCUCAGAAUGAAGUACCAGGGCCUGUGUUCGCCCGUCACCCGCACCGAGGAGGACUUCGACCCAGGUGCAAAGUUCCACAUCCCCGCCAACGUUCCCUAUGUGAGGUAUUUUGUAAGCUUCAUUAUCCAGUUUCAGUUCCACAAGGCCCUUUGCGACGCCGCCAAGCAUGUGGGGCCCCUGCACACAUGUGACAUUUACAAAUCCAAGGAGGCUGGGAAGCUGCUGGGAGACGUGAUGAAGUUGGGCUUCAGCAAGCCCUGGCCCGAGGCCAUGACCAUGAUCACAGGCCAGCCCAAAAUGAGCGCUGAGCCUCUUAUGGAGUACUUCGAACCUCUUACUAAAUGGCUGGAGGAAGAGAACGGCAAGAACAAGGAUAUCCGCGGGUGGCCAGAUUACGACUGGAGGCCUUUGAGUCCACCAGGUGAGCCUGAGGUUGAGAGCAACACUGUGGACUUCCUGGGAAUGAACGUGGACAGUGCAGCCGCUAUUGCGGGCCAGUGGGUCCUGCUGGGCCUGGGCCUGGUCCUGUUGGUUGCCACCAUCCUUCUCGCCAACAGACACAGGAAGUCAAAGAGGUCCAAAAGGUCGUUAUCAACGAUAGAGCUCAAGGAAAAAGACUAAAUGGCAACUGCAGCUUGCACAACCCUAAUGUGAAUCUCAGUGUUUUGUCAUUCUGUACAGUGCAUCUGAUCACAUUUGUUUUUACAGUAUUUGUUUUGGUCUGCCUCCCUAUUAAGUCGUGUAUAUUUAUUGUAUACACCCAUUAUAUUUUUGCCUAUGCAAAAAAAAUAAAAUAAAUAAACAUUGCAAUUUUGUAAUUUAUUUGUAACAGGGAGGAAAUAUUUGUAAAGUCAUUGAUUGUGUAAGGAUUUUUGAUUUUGUUUCUUAUUUCUACAAUAAAAAAAAUGUAAAAAUGUCUAA